ACGUUAUUUACCGCGAAAGAGGAAAAAACCCGCGACUAUUUAAUUCACCGAGACAUUCAGCAGUCUGUUAUUUGCGCUUCUUAGACAUUGCACUAUUUUAACGCUAACAUUUGUACUAUUUUCCCUGACACAAUGCCAGCCACAAGUGAGAUACACCCAGGCGGAGAGUUUGCAGCAGAGGAAAAGAAGAAGACCCCUGAUGAUGCGGCUCCUUUCUCUCUGUUCUGUGAUGAACGCGGAUAUCUGAACCAGAUCAAAUAUAUUCUCCAGAAUGGAGUGAGAAAGGGCGACCGCACAGGAACAGGAGUCGUCUCUGUGUUUGGUUUACAGGCCAGAUACAGCCUCCGAGAUCAGUUUCCUUUGCUAACAACCAAACGUGUUUUCUGGAAGGGGAUUUUGGAGGAGCUACUGUGGUUCAUCAAGGGUUCAACAAAUGCGAAAGAGCUUUCUGAGAAAGGUGUGAAGAUUUGGGAUGCCAACGGCUCACGGGAGUUUCUCGAUAAGAACGGCUUCACCGAGCGUGAGGAAGGUGACCUGGGCCCUGUGUAUGGCUUCCAGUGGAGACACUUUGGAGCAGAGUACAAAGACAUGCAUACUGAUUACACUGGCCAAGGUGUUGACCAGUUGCAGAAGGUUAUUAACACCAUCAAAUCCAAUCCCGAGGACCGGAGGAUCAUCAUGUGUGCCUGGAAUCCUAAAGAUCUGCCCCUGAUGGCUCUUCCUCCUUGUCACGCUUUGUGCCAGUUUUACGUCUCUGAAGGUGAGCUGUCAUGUCAGUUAUACCAGCGCUCUGGAGACAUCGGCUUGGGUGUCCCCUUCAACAUUGCCAGCUAUGCCCUACUCACAUACAUGAUCGCCCAUAUGACAGGGCUCAAGCCUGGUGAUUUUGUACAUACUCUUGGUGAUGCUCACAUCUACCUCAACCACAUUGAGCCUCUAAAAGUGCAGCUUGAGAGGGAGCCACGUCCUUUCCCUAAGCUGAAGAUCCGUCGCAAUGUGGAACGUAUCGAUGAAUUUACAGCAGAGGAUUUUGAGAUAUGUGACUAUGAUCCAUAUCCCACAAUCAAGAUGCAAAUGGCGGUUUAAUCAACACAAUUUCUGGGUGAAUGUAAGCAGCCAUGGUUUUGUAAUAGUUCAUGUUUACUGUACUGUUAGUGUAAAUAUUUGUUUGUCUCCUAAAAUUUGUUUUGUUAAUAUAAAAUUCUAAAUAAACACUCCAUUAAA